AUGUCUUCUCGAGCACCCGAUUACAGCGGCUACAAUCUAGGGACCCCGCAGUUGGAGAACAAAGGAAGGGAUUCUGCUGUAUCUUUCUCUGGACAGACCAUGAGUCCACAGGAGCAACAGUACAGUCAGGGGCAGUACGGGCAAAUGCAACCAUAUACUCAGGAACCGCAGUAUGCUCAGGAGCAGCAGUAUGAUCAGGCUGGCUACAAUCCAAAUGCGCAACCACCUUUUCCCCAAGUGUACAACCAGCCAGAGCCCAACUACGAAGGACAAUACGAGAGAACAUCAACAGCCCAAGAUCAUACACAUUAUGCACAGCAACAAUCGCAAGAGACGUUCGAUAGGGUGGGUGAAUCAAUCACUCAGGAUAUCGGCCAGAACGUCCAGUUUGAUGGACAGAAUAAUGAAGCAAACACGGCAGUUGCUCACAGUGCGCCAAAAAUCGACCAGAAAAUUCAGGGCUCUCUCAAGUUUGGAAAAACUUCCAGAGGCAACAAAGCCAAUAGCGUGACAAGAUGA